UCCAGGACAAACACCAAAACAAUUAAAUAUCAGUGGUCCCCUGGAAGCAGUUGGAAAGAUGCGUAAGAGAUGACGUGGCAUGCCCUGUUGUAUCAGGCGUGUUCCUGUGGUGGUGUGACAUGCCCCGUGUGGAGUAGCCAGAGAUGCUGCCGUGAGGUUCUGACCCCAUCUCAGAGGAUGCUGUCUGAGAAGCAAGUCGGGCAAAGAUGGAUGCGAUGAAACCCAGGCCUUCAGAGCAGCGAUUAAUUGGAAAAACCCUGCCCUGAGGAGUGCAGGUGUGUGGCCUUCACAGUCCCCUGUGUGGUGUUAUGUAUUGUGUCUGUUAACGGCUUGGCUUGCAUGGGAAGUGUUAUAUUAAUGGCAUUCAAAGCAGCCUUGAGUAAUUAGGGAACCAUUGUGGAGAGUACAGCAUGCAGAUGCAGAGCAGGUGCAGAAGUCUGAAGCAGGAGCAACGAGCGGCACAGCACGAGCUGGGGAAGUGCUAUGCCUCCGCAGCAGAACCUUGGAGGGCCCUGGCCGAUCCGUCCCGUGCCGCGGUGCGUGCAGUGCACCAACCUCUGAGGCCGUGAACGGAUCGAGCCCUUCGGAUUUGGACUGAUCCAGGAUGGAACAUCCCUGUUCAUUCCUGCUACUCUGUGUUAGCUUUCUGUUCGUGCAGGCUUUACCACCAAAUGGAACUGAAUUACCCAAACCCACCACAACGACAAACUCUACAGAGGAGAACAAUUUACACAAGGACCUGCUGACUUCCAUGCUGAUCUUGCUGCUGGUGUUCAUCGUCUUCAUUCUGUUGGCUGGCUAUUUUUUCAGGUUCAGAAGACAUCGGAAAGCUGUUGUGAACUCCGGUGACAAAAAGAUGCCAAAUGGGAUCUUAGAAGAACAAGAACAGCAAAGGGUGAUGCUGCUCAGCAGGUCUCCUUCAGGCCCAAAGAAGUAUUUCCCUAUUCCAGUAGAAAAUCUUGAAGAGGAAAUAAGGAUCCGAUCAGCAGAUGAAGGGAAACUGUUCCGGGAGGAGUUCAAUUCAUUAACACCUGGAUAUGUGCAGGGGACAUUUGAAAUGGCAAAUAAGGAAGAAAACAGGGAGAAAAACAGAUAUCCUAACAUCCUUCCAUAUGAUCAUUCCAGAGUGAUUUUGUCCCAAAUAGAUGGAGUCCCACCUUCAGACUACAUUAAUGCGUCAUAUAUAGAUGGUUAUAAAGAAAAGAAUAAAUUUAUAGCAGCACAAGGACCCAAGCAAGAAACGGUCAAUGACUUCUGGCGGAUGAUAUGGGAGCAGAAGUCUGCAGUUAUCGUCAUGUUAACAAACUUGAAAGAAAGGAAAGAGGAGAAAUGCUAUCAGUAUUGGCCUGAUCAGGGGUGCUGGACUUACGGGAACAUCCGCGUGUCGGUGGAAGAUUGCAUCGUUCUCGUGGACUACACCAUUCGCAAGUUCUGCGUUCAGUCGCUGCACGACGGUUGUAAAGCACUGAGGCUUGUCACACAGCUUCACUUCACCAGCUGGCCCGAUUUCGGAGUGCCUUUCACACCUAUUGGGAUGCUGAAAUUCCUGAAGAAAGUCAAAACGUUGAAUCCUGCCCAUGCUGGGCCAGUAGUGGUUCACUGCAGCGCUGGUGUGGGCCGAACAGGCACGUUUAUCGUUAUAGAUGCCAUAAUAGACAUGAUGCAUGCUGAACAGAAAGUUGAUGUUUUUGAGUUUGUUUCAAGAAUCCGUAAUCAGCGUCCGCAGAUGGUUCAGACUGAUAUGCAGUACUCCUUCAUUUAUCAAGCCUUACUUGAAUACUACCUCUACGGCGACACGGAGCUAGAUGUGUCAUCCUUAGAAAAACAUCUACAGACAUCACACAGUGCAGCGCCAAACCUUGUCAAAAUAGGGCUGGAAGAAGAAUUUAAAAAAUUAACAAAUGUCCGAAUAAUGAAAGAAAACAUGAGAACUGGCAACCUUCCAGCAAAUAUGAAAAAAGCUAGAGUCAUCCAGAUUAUCCCAUAUGAUUUUAAUAGAGUGAUUCUGUCAAUGAAAAGAGGGCAGGAGUAUACAGACUACAUCAAUGCUUCCUUCAUAGAUGGCUAUCGCCAGAAGGAUUACUUCAUUGCCACUCAAGGACCGCUGCCCCAUACCGUGGAGGAUUUCUGGCGGAUGGUGUGGGAGUGGAAGUGCCACACCAUCGUUAUGCUCACAGAAGUUCAAGAGAGGGAACAGGAAAAAUGCUUCCAGUACUGGCCAUCAGAGGGCUCAGUAACUCACGGAGACAUAAAUGUAGAAAUAAAGAAUGACAGUCUUUUAGAUGCCAUAAGUGUAAGAGACUUCAUAGUUACAUAUAAUCAGGGUAACCACGAGAAGCAAAGCAGGCUGGUUCGGCAGUUCCACUUCCACGGCUGGCCAGAAAUUGGAAUCCCUGCUGAAGGAAAAGGGAUGAUUGACCUGAUCGCAGCUGUCCAAAAGCAGCAGCAGCAGACAGGGAAUCACCCGAUCACCGUGCACUGCAGCGCUGGUGCUGGCAGAACAGGUACGUUCAUAGCACUCAGCAAUAUCCUGGAACGAGUGAAGGCUGAAGGGCUCCUCGAUGUAUUUCAAGCUGUGAAGAGCUUAAGACUGCAGAGGCCACAUAUGGUGCAAACACUGGAACAGUAUGAAUUCUGCUACAGAGUGGUACAAGAUUUCAUCGACAUAUUUUCCGACUAUGCUAAUUUCAAAUGAAAAUUCCUGCCUUAUUUUUUAAUUUGUCUGUAUAAAUAGUUGUAUAUUAUAUUAAUUUAUUCCAUGUCAUUUUGAUUGACUUUUAUUGUAAAUAUGCCUUUGUGUUUGCUCUAAAAGUUGCAUUUGCUGUACAAAAUUAUUUCUGAAAUAUAAAUAUCUUCUAAAGCAAAGUAUAAUGUUCAUAUACAGUAUAUUACUAUAAGAUGCUAGAGAAAUCUUUAUUCUAAAUAACAGUAAAUUAAUUAUUGAAGUUUUAUUUCUUUUUUUUUUUCCCACUUACAGUUAUUUAUCAAUAAUGCUGUCUCCCAGUUCUUGAAACUUUACGCAGGUGAUUUACAUUUCAUACUAAAAAAGUGAACUGUGGUAUAUAUGUUUAAACUAACCAUGUUUUGGCCAUAAACCUUUCUUCACUGAACUCAACAGCAAAUGAAAACAGAUGUUUAUCUGGGGACACACACUGCUAACCUACUCAUGCUUACGUUUAAUUUAUUUCAUGGUCUCACUGAAGGGCAAAGAGACUUCGAGGUAUCAGAAUAUGGCCCUUUUUGUGUAAUAAUGUACAGUAUAGCUGAAAAAUAUAAUUGCUUUUAAAGUCUGUUUUUAAGAACCUCCCAGUGGAUGGCAGUUCUAUUUUGAGUCUUAAUAAGAUAUAAUCAUUAUAAAUACAGAUUUAAAUUUUUGAUUUAAUAUAACUUUAAAAGUCCAUUUAUUUUGUUCUUUCCUAAAUAUUACACCAGCUUAAAUCAAUCUAGAAAUACAGUAAUGCGAGUUUCCCACUAUUUGAGAAUAUUUUGCAUAUCAGAAGAGUCUAUUUUGCAGCUCCUGAACUUGUCUACUUCAAGAGGCUCUACAGCCGUUGUUGAAAAUCAAUAUAAAGCUUCUGUAUGUACAUGUGCAUAUUUUCUCACCUUUUUGAGAAAAGGCAAAAGAGGAUUUGAUGAAGAAAAACUCUCAUUCUUUGAUUACAGUCAACAAAAUAAUUAAUAGUAUUUGCUAAAAUUUUGAAAAAAAAUACAGUAAAUUUUUAGCACUAGCAACGUUGAGCACCGUAGCAGAAAGCUCCUUUAUGUUCUUACUUUCCCACGUAUGUUAUCAAAAAAAGAAACGCUUCCUUUAUCUAAAAGGGUUAUAUGAUUGUGUAUAUAGAUAUAUUUUUAAUGAAAGUACUACCGAUAAUAUAAUUGGUGAAAUAAAUUUUAGAAGUCUUUUACUAUAGCCCAGAACAGAAUGUGCUUGGGGGUUAGAAAAUCCAAAAAAAUCACAGGGCAUCUGAAUGUUGAAUAAUUCAAAAGUAUAUCUUUUCCACUCUUUAAAAUGCAUCCAUAUAUGACUUAAUGAGCACAAAGUCCGUACUUCAGUUCCUUAACUAAUAUGCAAUAGUCCUGUCUUGUCCAGUUGCUUAGGUUUUUUCAAUGCAAACAUAAAAGCCUUAUUUAAAAUUAAACAACUUAAACUGAUCAUGUCACUGUUCUUGCACUAUUUUGCCCCAUGACCAUUUUUCGUAUCUGGUAACAAAUAGAAUCAGUCGUACAACGCAAGGAACAAGGGAGGUGUUCAUCCCUCUCUUUUCAUUUCAUAGUGGAUGGAAAAGGUGCAGUUUAGACAUUUCUAAGCACACUGUUCUGAACACUGCCAUUUACUGCUGCUUGUCUUCCCAUUGAUGCACUUCUGUAUUUAUUUGUACAGUAAAUUAUGCACUUAAAAAAGUUCGUUUAAAGACUAAACAUUCUUUGUGACUUGUCAUUAGAAGAUACUCUCAAAACACAGAAAGUGUUGAGGAGUAAAAGAACGCAAAGUUUACAUUACUACUGCAUGCUAAAAUUCUAUCAAAUUUUAAAAAGGCAUCAAAUAAAUUCAGUAUGAAAACCAAUGCAGCGAGGUUUUCAGUAUGAUCAUUUGCAGCACAGACAGAAUCAGAGAGGUUAAAUGAUGAUAGAAAAGAAUGCAAAGAAAUUUUCACCAUUUUCCAAAGAAGCUUAUUUUAUGGUCCCAUUAGAUCCUAGGAUCUUUCCAAGCAUUUACUUUACAAUAAAAAAUAAUUUGUCUAUCAGACAGCCCAUCUCCUAGGGGUCUCACAUAAAAGCCUACACUGAGAGUUGCCUCGUGAAGCAAACCUCCUCAGCUGGAUGGCAACGCAGCGUGAUGUUACGGGGACCCGAUGGGCAGCAGCUAAGAGGAGGCUGGAGUUAAGCUGAAACAUCAAAUGUUAAGUGGGUACUCCGAUUUUAGUUGCUACCUAUAUUAUCAAUUAGGGAACAGAAAAAAAUGUAACGCAUUUCAGAAGUCACAAACAUAAUGACCUUUUUUCUUUUUUCUUUUUUUUUUUUUUUUAAAUAAUCUGAGAAGCUUGCUUUCCAGUUGUGUUUAGUGAAUAAGCUGCUUAUUGCAGCAGCCUCGUAACUGGGGAGCUGUAUCUUGACAUAGAUAUACCUGAUUUUUCUUUAAAAAUUUUCCUACAUUGCAUGAAAUUACUUUAAAAUGCCAAAUAGUUGAUUAGAAAGUUGUACAUUCUGAUCGGUAUGUGGUUUUGGUCACUAUGUGACUUGACUGUUUUCACGUGUUAAGAUGGGUUCCAGUUCACCGAAGCAUUUAAGCAUUUGCUUUACAACAUCUCUACUCCACAAAACAUACAGCACCAUAGGUUCUUUGUUCCUGAAGCAAUCCCUUAAGUGCUUUGCUGAAUUGGGCCUUAAUGAAGAAUGCAUACUGUAAUUACCAGUGUUUUUUAGGGUAUUUUUACGUAUCAGUUUUUUAAACUUUUAAAAUGAGCCUGACCGCCUGUGUUCAAUAUUUUGAAAUGUUUUCAUUUCCCUAGUACCAUUUUUAAUGUAAAGUUAUUGAAACUUUUCUGUAUGACCAAAUUGUAUUUAAUUUGUCAAAUCUUUAUAAUAUAUGUAUGUAUUAUACAGUUUCAGCUACUAUUAUUUUCUUUUAUUACAUUUAUAAUUUGAUCUUGCUGUGUUUUUAAUGCCAGUGAAUGUUGCUGAAUUAUUUGUAUAUGCAAAUUGCAAGAUCUAAUACAUUCUGAUGCAAGAACAAAGCUCUGUUUUUAUUCUUAAACCGUAUUACUUUCUUUAAAUCUUUUAAUUUCAUUCCCGUCCUGCGUGCUCAUUUAAGUUAACCAUUCCGAAGGAUUGAAAAGCCAUUACCUAGGUAGAUAAUUCUUCGGUGCUUAUCAGCUGUAGUUAUUUGGAAGUAAUGCUGAUUCGCGUCGUAACUGAAGCAUUGUGCGUAUAAAACGCGGAUAAAUUCAGGGUAGCAAUUAGCAGGCCAAGUCUUCUCAAAGAGUAUGAAUAAGUAAGACUUGGUGAUCGAUAGAGAGCUCUGAAAUGACUAGGCCCCGUGCAGCACCGAGCUCCGACAUGACUAGGCCCCGUGCAGCCUUCCCUUAAGUAUCAGUUCAAUGAUUUGAAGCCUGGCCCUGCAGUAUGUUGACAAGGAUAACCCCCGGUACACUCGUGCAGCUCCCAGACAGCUCAAAGCCAUGUCCCUCUGUUCAUUCUUCCCGUCAGAGCAGGGCUGUGCUGCCCGGGGGGCGUUGGGGAGCAGUGGGGGCCGGCGGCACCACGGGGCCUGCACCAGGCCGCAACUCCUGGCCGGGCAGGGGCGUGAGGGGAGGCCUCGCUCAUGGCACACGCACCACCGCUCCCUUCUGCUGUACCUCAGGUUUGAGAGUGCUGUGGUACACUGUGGUAUCGCACCAAGAUAAAUGUGGUGGCCUAGCUUUCAGUUGUCGCCUGUCAUCAAUCAAGAGUAGGAUAGGACAAGAGGGAAAGGCCUCAGGUUGC